CUCCGCAGUGAUGGCCGACAACCUGAGCAAGCAGCCCAGGAAGGGAAUACUCAAGAAUUCUUCCAGUUUCGAGGGCAAUGAGAGACAGAGAGAGAAAGAAACAAAAUGGGACGAAAUGAACAUCCUGGCGACGCUUCAUCCCAAAGACAAGGAUUAUGGACACAUGAAGAUCGAGGAGCCCAAGACCCCCUUUGCACACUAUGAGGAGGGGGACUCUGGGGACGAGCACGAUGGCCUGGAUGCCGAUCUCCUGGCCAAGAAGAUUCAACUUGGAGGCUCAGAACUUCCAAAGGCCUUGAUUGAACCUGAACCAGAAGAGGAGAGCGAAGAAGAGAUUUCUCCAGAAGAGAGAGAGAAGAGAAAGUUAUUUGAAAUGAAACGCAAGAAGCACUAUAAUGAAUUUUAUGCUGUCAAGCUUGCUCGGAAGUUAAUGCAAAAUGACGACGAUGACGACGAGGAGGAUGAUAAGAAGGACUCGCCAGAGGCCGAGGCUAGUAUAGGGAAGGACGACACCAUGGAGGAGAUACUGGAGGAAGGGAAUGGAAACAAUGAGUGCGAUGACAUGGCAGAAGAACAGGCAUCGGGCGACUGAGGCUGGGUGCCGCAGAGGCCUUCUGUGUUGCGGUUGUAGUACUGGUUGAUUGACGGUAGAUGCCAAUCGUUGGAUUUAACACUAGCAUUCAUCAGCCACGAAACCUCCUUACACCACCAUUCCCAAGUAUUAUGAAAGAGGAAUAAUAAUUUUUGAAGUGGAAAAGCUCAUCCAAACUCAUAAUCAUUCAACAUGUUAUCAUCAUAUCGCAAUACAUUUAUUGGAUUUAUAAAGGCUUAAACAAUUUAUUAUAUUGCAUGAGUGAACGAGUGUAACUGUGGUACUAUGUAUAUAUGUGCUGAUCUUGUUUACAAAUCAGUCUGUAAAUGAGUGUGUGCUCGUGUGUUGUCUCUGUCCUGGGAUGGUGAUAAGAAGUUUGUGUGUGUAAAUAAGUGAUAUCCAUUGAGACAGCACUUAAGUGUAGUUGUAUUGACAUGGUCUGUAUUUUUUAUAUUAGUACAGAAUGUGUGCAUUGUUUAAAGCCAAAUAUUUCUAAAUUUUGUAUUUAUAGGGUAGACCCUGUUCAUAUUAGUUUCAGGUACAAGGGGAGCAUCUGUGAUGAACUAGGAUUGCAAGGGAAAAUCCAGCAUCUCGGAAAGAGUGUUGUGAUAAAGACAGCUGGUAGAGACACUCAAAGGCUUCCCAGCUGGAUGCAACUUAUGUAUGCCUUGCUUUACACUUUUUUUAUUUAUUCUUUUUUUACAUAAUUAAUCAUGUCAGACUGCUUUUUAUGUUGUUCUUUUUCAUUAUUUGAGGUUAUGAUUAUUGUUUUUUCUGGCCUUGAGUCGGAGUUGGGGAAAGAGUUCCUGUGAUUAGGUCUAGCUUAUAUUAUGCUCAUCUUUGUUUUGUUUCUUCCCUUACAAAUCCAGUAAAUGUCACUUUCAAGUCAUUUUCAUUUUAAUCCAUGUCAGAGUAAAUUCAGGGGGGCAGAGAGAAACCAAUUUGUCACGGUUAUCUUGUACAUACAAAAUCUACAUAGAGAAGGUUUAUUCUCAGAAGAACAAUGGAAAAGACAAUCAGAAAUAAGACAUGUUUGUUAUUAUGUGACGACUUCAGAUUCAAGUAAAAUUGUAAAAAAAAAAUUGUGGUUGUUUUACUUAUGUCUAUGGUUUAAUAAGUUAAUUUAGAAAAGUUUGUUAUUUGUUAUGUUAUGAUGACUUUUCAUGAAUAUUAGUUUGUUUAAGUUUUUUUUUUUCAUGACUGAAGAUUCAAUGCAUGCGUCAUCCACAGCAACAACUAUUAGGUACUAUAUAAUGUGCAAAGAACCCAUGAUUUUUGUUCUGUGUGAAUAUGGAAUAAACAAAUUACUUGGGGGUUUGGGCUUGAGAACCAUCCGUGGUCUUGGACAUUGGUUAUCAUUCCUGUAUUAUCCUUGGCUAUAGACUCCUGUACAGUAUUAUCCCACUAAUAUACCUGGCUUUAGAUACCGAGAUUAUUCCUAUACCAUCUGCUAGUGGAAGACUUUUGAAUAUAUGUAGACACAUAGAGAAUUAGUUUCUUACACUUUGUUGAUACACUUCCGUAUCUCUUCAAAAUCAAAAAAGGUUGCUAGAUGAAAUUAACAUUAUGGUGGAAAUGUGAGUGGUAAGAAUAAGAUUUUGCCUGUUUGUCGGUGGCACCCCUUGGGCAGCUUCUCUUUUAAUUAUGUAAUGAGUCGUAAUAUGUGCAGUCCAUGCUAUUGUGAGCAUUCAGAAUGGUUUGCAUCUUAUAACAAUGUUUUGCCAAUGAUUCAUGUAGUGGAAGUAAUAAUAAUUUUUGUAGUAUUGUUGCUUGAUCAUAUAAUUAGUGAUAUUUAUACAAACCUUGCUUGAUCUCUUGUUCUGUAAUGAGAACUUGGAAGAAGUGUUACAUGAUUUAUUUGGGAGGUUUAGUCUCAUGUUAACAAUUUUGAGACUUAUUUCUGAGGAAGUGAUGCAAGUAUGUGUUUAUUUAAUUAUUACAACUGACAAUUGCAUUUUUUUUUUCUUUUUUUUUGCUUCUUCUUCUUCUCCUGUACCCUUAGUCAGAUGGUAACAGUUUUUAUUUAUGAUUAUUUAUUGCUAUUUUAUUAUUUGAUUAUUCAAUUUUGAUGGAGAUGGACUUUGUAACAAAAAAUAGUUUCAGAAACGGUUGAUAGCACUGCAUGGAAGCGAGACAUUUGCCGUUAAAAAGUCAUUGUGUGCUUUGCAUUCUGCUUUUAUAUAAGAAAUUCAAUAUUGUGUAUUUUGUUUAUAGUUAUGAAUGCUAUUUAUUGUUAUUCCAUGGAGAGACUCCUCUUAUUGCUUAUUUUGCCUGGCUAUUUAGACAGUAACAUCUUGAUUUCUUAUAUUUAUGUAUUUGUUAACUUAAAUAUAAAGAUUUAUUUAUUAUUUUUUUGUUUUUGUAGAUAAGUGAAAAUUGGUUCCAGAAGUAAAAAAGAGAGAGGAAAAAAAAAAGGUUCAAUUCAUUAGAAGGAGAUUAAGUUUGUUAAUACUUAGUAUUGCUUUAGUAUCUUGUAAAGCCUCUAGUCCCAAGUCAAGUCAUUAAACUCUUUUGCAUGAGUAGGUACCUUAAGGAAGUAGUUAUGUUAGCAAUAUGUUAUCAAAUAUUAAUUUGGUUGGGCUGCGAGUGCUAUGUGAUGAUAGCAGAAUCACGGUCUGGAAAUGUGUUUUGUAAGGAAUUAACCAGAUUUUUACAUAUGCAAUAAAAGUAAAUGUUGA